UCCGAUCUAAGGAAAAAUGGUCACGUUGUAAUCAAGGGCAAUCCGUGCAAAAUUGUCGAUAUGUCCUCCUCGAGGACUGGCAAGCACGGACAAUCUAAAACUCAUAUUAAUGGGGUUAAUAUCUUCACAGGCAAAAAAUUUGAAGAUAUUUUUAUUCAGAGCCAAACUGUCGAUGUCCCAAUUGUUCGGAGAAAUGAAUAUAAGCUGGACGGAUCUCAUGAUGGAUAUCUUGUGUUGAGAGAUAUUGAUGGCAAUACCAAAACUGAUAUUGCUAUACCUGAAGAUGAUACGGGUGUUACUAUUAUGAACUAUCUUGAUAGUGGUGAUGCUUGCAAAAUUACCGUUCUCGAAGCUCUGAAUGAACAAGCAUGUAUUGAGACCAAGGACGCAUAA